GAGAUCGCGCCACUGCACUCCAGCCUGGGAGACAGAGCGAGACUCCGUCUCAAAAACAACAACAACAACAACAAAACAAAUAUCACAUUUUCAUAUAACAAAAAGAUACAUGUAAACAAAUCUGCAACUUAAAUUUUUAAGCAGCAUAUAGCAAUAUUCUGUCAAUGCAAGCAGAUUUAAAAUUUUUAUGCAAAGUUAGAAUAUUUUGUUGUGAUUUGGCUUUAGGGGCAUCUAGCCUUGUUCUUUCCUUUGGGAAAUCUUUUGAGCUCUUCUAGCAGAACCCUUAGGAACAUUCCAGCCAGCCCUAAAUUUUGGAUUGCUCUAGUAUUUAAUAAUUUCCAUUAUUCAUUUUAUUAUAAUUUUAUGGUGACGAGAUUCUAGUCUAGUACAAGGUUAAGAAUGUCUCUGUUUUGCUUUCAAUGCUCUAUUUGCUGGUGCUCAGCAUUUUGUGUCAUACAAAGCAGCACAUAGAAAGAUGGAGGCAGUCUGCUUUCUAAGCAAGCCACCCUCCUUUUAUUAUAGUUAAAAAAAAGAAAUUCCCCCCUUCACUCAUACCUAAAGGAGCUCUCCCUCAAUUUCUUUCAGCUGUAAUCAAUCUGAGCUCAGGGUUUUCAAAGUACACAAGGAAAGAUGCUAGAAUCCUUUAAACAUGUAAGGAUGUUGGAUCACUUGACACAACCAGUUAAACCAGUAAGAUCCCAUAAAAUGGUUAUAGCUGGUGGAGUCUAAUGAUCAGAAAGGGCCACAAGCUGAUUUGUGUAAGAGCUUCCCAAGAUGUGCCCAACUCUCAACAAUAUUGUGUCUUCUCUGCAGAGAAAUGGAAUAUUUAUCAAUUCUUUAAUUGCAGCCUUGACUAUUGGUGGGCAACAACUCUUCUCCUCUUCUACAUUCAGCUGUCCUUGUCAGGUUGGAAAAAAUUUCUAUUAUGGUUCUGCUUUUCUUGUCAUUCCUGCCUUGAUCCUUCUCGUUGCUGGCUUUGCUCUGAGAAGCCAAAUGUGGACAAUUACCGGUGAAUACUGCUGCAGCUGUGCCCCUCCACACAGGAGAAUCAGCCCCCUAGAGUGCAAGCUGGCUUGCCUUAGGUUCUUCAGCAUCACUGGGAGGGCAGUUAUUGCUCCUUUAACUUGGCUGGCGGUGACCCUGCUGACAGGCACGUACUAUGAAUGUGCAGCAAGUGAAUUUGCAUCUGUGGACCAUUACCCAAUGUUUGAUAAUGUCAGUGCCAGCAAACGAGAAGAGAUCCUAGCUGGGUUUCCAUGUUGCAGAUCAGCUCCUUCUGACGUGAUCCUAGUAAGAGAUGAAAUAGCUCUUCUGCACAGAUACCAGUCACAGAUGCUGGGUUGGAUUUUGAUCACCUUGGCAACCAUCGCUGCCUUAGUCUCCUGCUGUGUGGCAAAGUGCUGCUCUCCCCUCACCUCUCUGCAACAUUGCUACUGGACCAGCCACCUCCAGAAUGAGAGAGAACUCUUUGAACAAGCAGCAGAGCAGCACUCUCGGCUCCUCAUGAUGCAUCGCAUAAAGAAGCUAUUUGGCUUCAUUCCCGGGAGUGAAGACGUCAAACACAUCCGCAUUCCUUCUUGUCAGGACUGGAAAGAUAUUUCAGUACCCACUCUUUUAUGCAUGGGUGAUGACUUGCAAGGUCACUAUAGCUUCCUUGGAAAUAGGGUGGAUGAGGAUAAUGAGGAAGACAGAUCAAGAGGUAUUGAAUUAAAACCUUGAUUACAGCACCUUUCAUGAGUCAGGUUGCUUAGCAGAUACUUGGCUUUUAUGGCUUUUAUGAUCAGGCCAUUUCAAUGUAAUCUCUUCAUCUUUUUCUUUCUCUCUGAUAUUUGUUUACGUAAGUCCAUCUCAAAUAUUAUUUCUAAAAUCAAUCUAUUAGAUAAUUGUGCCAAUCUCUCAUUUUGAAAUUUUGCCAAUGGUCUGGUAAUGCCUAGAGUGGAAUGUGAAGUCACAUGGAAAUUUGCAUCUUAGUUCUGUUACUUAGUAGCUGUGUGAAAAUUAAUAUUUCUGAGUGCCAUUUUGUCAUCUGCACAUUGUAGCUACCUCCUAGAGCUAUUAUGAGAAUUAAACAUGAUAAUACAAAGUGUUUAGCACAGUGUCUUUCAUAAAAAUAGAUGCUAAUGAAUGUUACUUUCUCUCUUUCUCUUUUGCAUUCCAUGUCUUCUAUUCACCAUUUUCCCUGCCUCUAUUUUCUGGUUUUAUCAGUUUCUACCUUUAUAUAAUAUCCAGAACUUUUCACAGCCUCCCCCUCUUUCUUCAGACCUAAAUAUCUGACCUUUUGGGAAGCAGGACAGAAACCUCUUUCUAAUCCAGUAACAUGUGAGGGAGAAGCCCAUGCAGGAAGCUCUUGAGUUACUGUACUAUAACCUGGGGACAAUGAUAUAUUAUUGUAUCAUUAUUAGUAUCAUGUUAUUUGUAGCACCUCCAUACUAGGAGCAUUUUUAUGGCCACUACAUAUAAAGUUUCUUCUAGAAAGCUUCUCCACUGUGCUCUACUCCAGAGAUACCAUUUGUACCUUUUCAUUACCAAAUUGCACCUUUGCACUCAAAAUCCAUUUGUGAAACCAAAACUGCAGUCUGUACUUGUAUAUCCAUUAUCUGUAACUACAAAAGAGGAUAAUUCCUGCUUGGUGUUGCUCUGCCUGGCUUUACUAAAUGCAGCCUACAGUAUCUGGACAAUUUUCUAAUUUAUCUAGAUUAUUUCUGUGAUAUAUAGUGACUCGUGCCUGAUUUUUGCUACGUUCACUGAAGCAACUUGCUCAUUAGCAAAAAUAAGUUGUCUGAGGGCAUUCUGUCUAUUUAUUUCUUCAGUCAAAACAAUGCUUACUGGACAGUGGACCAACUGCCAAUAGUCAAUCCAAUUUUCAAGAUUCACUUUCAAGGAGACCAAGGAACUUGACUAUACUAUCUAAAAUACAAUCAAUUACUUGGUAAUCUACUUUUACACAAUUAUGGAAGGUUUUAUUUUCUAUAAAGUUCUGGGUCCUUGAACUUAAUAGGAAGAAGCAGAAAAUGAAUUUUUAAGAAAUCAAAAUGUUUUCAGGUUUUGUUUUGUCCUUCAAUAAGAGACUGCAUAUUGUAGCUCUUUGCUGGGACAGGAGAACUGUCCUGCCCUCACCAUUACUCAUCUGUCAUUUGACCUUGGACAAAUCAGUCCAUCUCUCUGGACCCUGGAUUUUUUUCAUCUAUACAAUAAAAGGGAUGAUAAUAUUUUACCUCUUGGAAGAAAAUAACUGAACUAAAUAACUGCUUAAGGUCUCUUUUACAUCAAGUACGAUUUUUAUGUUUAUGUUUAUAUAUAUAUACAGGUCAAUAUGCAUACAUCUUUCUGAAAUGGUAGUAGACCCACGUUGCUUCUCUUGGAAGGAAAAUGUCCCCAACUCUGAAUCUGAGCUUUCUCUGAAAACAUUUACUGGCAUUCCACUUUUAAAAGAAUGUAAAUGUACUGAUCUUUUUCAAGUCAUCAAGGAAAGCCAUUCCAGUUUGUCUACUAACUCUACACUCAGUACUGAUAUGACAUUACAUGAAGGAUGUUAAAAAUACAAAUAGAAGUAUGUUGUGGAAGGCAACUAGGGUUCUAGUUCCACACUGAUACAAAUGAACUGUGUAAAUAUGGAAUGUCACAUCCAUUUUGUUCCCUAAGGUCUGCUCCAGUUCUAAAAUUCUGUUCCUAUAUAACUGAUAAUUUUUUAUAUUCCUCUGUAUUGGAACAUACUAGUUAAAUGAACACUUUCAACCAUGCUCAGAAUUAGUUUAUUAGUUGUCAGGAACUAUACCACAGUAAAGACUCUUCAAUAAGAUUUUCGGUUAACAACAAAAUCAAAGAAUAUUUGAAGUUAUAGCAUUACAUCAUCAGAAAGAUUAAUAGUUGUUUAUACCCUAAUACCAGGAAACUAUUUCCACUAGCUUCUGAAGCCCUUUCUACAUCAAACUCUUUUAGUGUAUGAUGUAAAAAUUUUAUAUUUUGAGCCAGUUAAUCAUGAUCUUCCCCUAUAACUUUCUGGCAAAGGAUUCUAAAUAUUCGUUGGCUCUUCUACAUGGCUUCAGAGUGAUUUAUAGCAUCUAUGUGAACAUUUAAAAGGUAGUACACACCCCUGGGAUUUCAUCUUACAGUACAUUAUCUCAGAUCAAAUAAAUGGAAUUUUUAGUAUUUUUUGGGGGGGGUGCUAUGGUCUAUAGCAUUUUUUUUUCCACAGCUAGUUAAAUGAAACUUUUUCAUUAAGAACAUGGUACUCCCUCCCCUUUAUGCUUAAUGGAUUUAUGUAAUUAUAAAACAUAUAAUUAAAGUCAAUUAUGUGCUAAUACUACUUUAUAUUUUGCUACCAAAUGCUUUUGGCUACCACAUCAAACCCUGGAGCUUGACAUAUAUAAACCUGCUCCUUUCUUAAUUUCAUUAGCUCCUCCACGGUCCCAUCAUGACCUAAGUUGCCACCUUCCCAGGAGACAAAUACAAACCAAUGUGUAAAUGUGUUUUACUCAGCUUUCUUUAUGUUUUCCAAAGCUGAAUAGUAGAACCGCAUUUAUACUCUGUCCUUCUCUGUGUCUCUUUUCUCUGUUCUCAGUCUUCCAUUCAUUUUUUUGUAGAAAUUCUAAUGCAUGAUUGUAAUAAACAACAGUGAGAUUUUGCUA